GGCGAACCUCCAGCUUGACCUGCGUCCGUACCUCCUUCGAAAACAUUAGCUUCAUCCCCGCCAACCAUGCCCACAGGCUUCGAACUCUUUCAACAGGCUGAGAUGGAGUACCAACUUCGUGGCAACGCACACGCUGCCAUGGAUUUGUAUGUCUCUUCCAUCAAACAAAUCGUUCAGCGCGAAAACCCCGUUACUCGUUUCCCCACGUCCAUGCUGACCCAGAUGGCAGCCCAAGCCAACGAUUUCCCCGAACAGAUUCUCGGUACGGUUUGGCGUAACUUCGUUGGGUUCUUCAGGGACCCCAACAUGGGAUUCACGAAGGAGAAUAAGCCCGAGGCAUGGAAGUUGUUGGAGGCGUUUAGGCCAGGGAAGGUCGAGGUGGACGGAGUUGCGGGCAUCACCGGAAGGUUCGAGAGGUUUGGAAGGACAGAUGAAGGAAAGGCGCUUCUCAAGGGGAUGCAGGUCACAGCUGGGCUCACUCUGGGGCUCCUGGCUUGGGAUAGAAAGGAUCGCGCGACGGCGGCGAAGAGGUACAAGGAAGCACUCGAUCUUGCGGCCACAUAUGCCCCUUUCAACGAUAAGGCCUGCGCCCGUACACCGUUGGACCGUUACGUCUCGAGCGACGUGCAGGACACGAAGGAUAACUUGGCGAUUCUGGUGAAGAAUGACGAGGUGAAUGCCGAGCUUGUGAAAGAGUUGGCCGGUGCGUUUGGAGUGGCGGAAGUGUUAGGGAUGGAUGGGGUGGGUGGUGCACCUGGGAGAAAGACGAGCUAUCCAGUGCCGAACGUGAGGUUGGAAAAGGAUGGUUCUAUGGUCCAGGAGGAUGUCUUCACCUUUGCGACUGAUGCGUGCAACUCGUGCGGUAAACGGGGCGUCAAACUCGAACGAUGCAGCAGGUGCAGGAAGGCUUGGUAUUGCAGUAAAGAAUGCCAGACCAAGGAUUGGAAAAUUGGACACAAGGCGAACUGCAACAGGGCCACCUGAACAUUUGUUCUGCUGUUGUAGCAGCUGUGUCUGCCAGUCUGUCGCGACGACCCGAUGGUCGUGCUUGAUUGGUUGAACAAAAGGAGGGUCUUACGCUUUUGUAUUCACAAAUCGCUAUCAAGCGGACGUUGAAUGAGCUUUGCGCUCUCACCUGUUAUGUCUUGCUCUCUUUUGCUAUCUUUUUCCUGGUUGUAUGAACGGCACCUUGUCCCUACCAUCGAUGCAAUUGACUCUCAC